AUGUCGGAAACGGAUAGGUUUACAACGAAGACAGGCGGGUGGGGGGAAGCAUCCAACCUGCCCGUUCGCAUGGGCAGCGACGACUGGAGUAACCGGGUAACCAGCGGCUUCAAAGACAUCACUCUCAGCGACGGCACCGGCGGCAGCGGCAGGAGUGGCGCGCGAAGCGGCGUUAGAAGCGGCGCGGGAAGCGCCGUCAGUAGCCGACACAGCAGUAGCACGUUCAGCGGCAGGAGCGGCAGUAUAGCGUGGACCGACGAUUUUAGCGAUUACGGACUAUACGACCCUGCUAGUUACUACCCCGACACCCCUUCCUCCCUCGCGUCGGCCCCCUCGUUGCGCUUCGAACCACCGCUCGCCGGCGACGCGGGGAAUCGAGAUGACGUUGCUGGCGGCGCCGCCAUCGCCAGAGGCGGUGUCGGCGGUUCCUUUGGUUCUCAACGCGCCGGGUCUUUUCGCCGUGCCGGCCUCCCGCCGUCCGGCAGCUUCGAUCGCCACGUCAGCAGCCGCUGCGGCAGCCUCGACCGCCACGUCAGCAGCCGCUGCGGCAGCGUCGGCGGGGCGGAUGAGGAGAUGCGCGAUUUGGCGACCGCCGUCGCGUGUGACAAUAGCGAGAGGGACUAUCGUCACGGUGCUGAGACUGCGACCAGAUACGACUCGGGCGACGACGACGACGACGAGUACGACAGAAACGAGAGCAGCGACACGGUCGCACGGGAGGUGAUCCGACGAUUCAACAGCACCGGAAUCAACGGCAGCGACGGCGGCGGCGGCGGCGGCAGCGGAAGCGGCGGCGGCGGCGGCGGCGGUUUUGGUACAACAAGCAACAGCAGCCGCAAAAAGAGAAUGAUAAUAAGACACCAGCGACACGGCUCCAUGGCGUCUCAUCCCAGGACGAAACCCGGAGGAGUCGAAACCGCGCCUAUGGGGAUAAUUAACGGUACGGGAAGCUAUUACUACGGUAUCGGGGCAGGGAGGGGGAAUCGGCCGGUUGCCACAGGCGGAUCGGCUGGUAACGGGGAUGACGCGCCGCAUCGGCGCGCUCUGAGUGUGGAUUUCCACCCGCCGCCUGUUUUCAUGCACUCCCCGCGCACGCCACCUUUCGGCGCGGACGGCGGCGAUUGCCCCUCCCCGCUCUUCUCCCCGCAUCUCUCCCCGCGCAUGUCGCCCGCGCAUUCCCCUACGCGCCCGCCCCCCCAUCCUUGGGCGGCCAGCCCGCGCGAAGAUUCCUCGCCCGCCCAGAAAGCUUCCGCGUGCUUUCGCGCAGAGCAGGGAGUUUUGGACGAACCUUCCAGCUUUCAGGAGGAGGAAGAGUUGCACGGCGCAGGCGCAGGCGCAGGCGCGGGCGCGGGCAGAGGGGGUGAACUAGCCAUUCCUCCUCAACAGCUGCCCCAACAGCAGCAGCAGCUGCCCCAGUUUCCGCAGCCCCAGCAGCAGCAGCAGCAGCAGCAGCAGCAGCAGCAGCAGCAGCAGCAGCAGCCCCAGCAGCAGCUGCUGCAGCACCGGCGGCGGCCGCAGCUCCCACAGCAGCAGCACCUGAGGCUCGGAAUCCCGUCCGGCAGCGCCGGGCCUAUGGGCCAGCAUCGGCGCCACCGGUCCUACGCAGACCACUCUGGCUCGGACGCAGCCCGGAGGGCAGUUUGCUACGGCUCUGAGCGUGCCUGCAGGUUUGGAGUGCGGUGCAGGGGAGUUCAGUCCGGUGACGAGGUCUCCCAAGCCCCCGAGCAGCUCAAGAGGAAAUCGGAUUCUGCAGUGGGCCAGCAGCAGCCGUCGCCUUCAGAAUCGAGCCAAAUUGCACCUCCCCUGCAGCAAGCUGCGUUGAGGCUGCAGGAGGAUCAGAUCAAGGUGCUUCAGAGGCUGCAGCAGCAGCUGUCGCCGUCGCCUUUAGACUCGAGCGCAAGUGCACCUCCCCUGCAGCAAGGUGCGUUGAGGCUGCAGGAGGAUCAGAUCAAGUGCAACACACCCUCCCUCACAACACACCCUCCCUCACAACACACCCUCCCUCACAACACACCCUCCCUCACAACACACCCUCCCUCACAACACACCCUCCCUCACAACACACCCUCCCUCACAACACACCUCUACUUUCCUUCUCUCCUUCUCUCCCCUCCUUCCCCCACCUCACCCCGCCAGUGCAAGGAGGACGUGGAGGACGUGCGAACGGAGGUGAUCAUUCUGGGUCUGCCUGUUGCCACACAUCACACCCUCACAACACACUCCUUCCCCUCGUCUCUCCCCUUCUUCAAAACCCGCCAGUGCAAGGAGGACGUGGAGGACGUGCGAACGGAGGUGAUCAUUCUGGGUCUGCCUGUUGCCACACAUCACACCCUCACAACACACUCCUUCCCCUCGUCUCUCCCCUUCUUCAAAACCCGCCAGUGCAAGGAGGACGUGGAGGACAUGCGAACGGAGGUGAUCAUUCUGGGUCUGCCUGUUGCCACACAUCACACCCUCACAACACACUCCUUCCCCUCGUCUCUCCCCUUCUUCAAAACCCGCCAGUGCAAGGAGGACGUGGAGGACGUACGAACAGAGGUGAUCAUUCUGGGGCUGCUGCGCGACCACCCGUGCAUCAUCAACCUGCACGACGCCUUUGAGGAUGACAAGUAUGUUCACUUGAUCAUGGAGCUCUGCGAGGGGGGAGACCUGUUUGACCGCAUCAAGCAGCGCGGGCAGUUCCCAGAGAGGGACGCCGCCUUGCUGUGCCGCGGGCUGGCAGAGGCGCUGCUGCAGUGCGGGCGGCGCGGCGUGCUGCACCGUGACGUGAAGCCCGAGAACAUUCUGCUACGGUCCAAGGAAUGCCACACGCGGAUCAAACUGAUCGACUUUGGGGUCGCUGCCCUACACACGCCAGGUACCUUGAGGACAGACCGAGCAGGAACAGUGGAGUACACCGCACCAGAGGUGCUGGACCGAGCCUACGGCCCCGAAGCAGACAUCUGGAGCGCCGGAGUGGUGCUGUACAUUCUGCUCUGUGGUUUCCCGCCUUUUUGGGCGGCGACUGACGCUGACCUGGAGCGCAAGAUCCGGACGGCGCACGUGGAUUUCCGGCACCCGAGAUGGGCGGCGAUCUCAGACGGCGCCAAGGAUUUGAUUCUGAGGAUGUUGGAGAAAGAUCCUAGGAAAAGGAUAACUGCGCUGGAGAUUUUUGAGGCACUCACAUCUGAUGCAUCAGAGGCGAAAGUUUUGCCAAUGUUUGAACUUCGACCGCUUUGGGCAGAGUGCAACACGGCCUUAAGAUUCGUGCUCUCAUCUUCCAUCUCCCGUGCGUUCCUUGGCAGCUCAUCCAUGGAUCAGAGCAGCGGAAGCAGCUGA